AGGGCUUUUACUUGGAGCCGAGGCUUCUAAAAUUCCUAAUCCUCUUCUUAGCGUCCGCUCAAUAUUUCCUUUUCACUCCCACCGGAAAGAAAAGUUGAUUUUCUGUGUGAGUGCUAGGGUUUCGUUUCGAUCUGCUCCUUCUCCGCCAAACAAAGGUAAGGACUUGAUUAUUCAAAAGCAUUGAUCAUGUCUUCCUCAUAUCUCCCAGCAACUACUGAUUCUAUUGCUCAGGCUUUAGAAGCCAAAACCCCAUCCGAAUCCAUCUCAAUUCUCUAUCAGAUUCUUGAAAACCCGUCAUCUUCUUCAGAAGCUCUACGGAUAAAGGAGCAGGCUAUCACAAACCUUUCAGAUCUUCUUAGGCAGGAGAAUCGGGCAGAGGAUCUCCGGAACCUUCUGACCCAAUUGAGGCCUUUCUUUAAUUUGAUCCCUAAGGCAAAAACUGCAAAAAUUGUUCGUGGAAUUAUUGAUGCAGUUGCUAAAAUACCGGGAACAUGUGAUCUUCAGAUUUCCCUUUGCAAAGAAAUGGUGCAAUGGACCCGUGCGGAGAAGCGAACUUUCCUUAGGCAACGAGUGGAGGCUAGACUUGCAGCGCUUUUGAUGGAAAACAAGGAGUAUUCAGAAGCAUUAAGUCUUCUUUCAGGCUUGGUUAAGGAAGUGAGAAGGCUAGAUGAUAAGCUUCUUCUUGUGGACAUAGAUUUGUUGGAGAGUAAGCUCCACUUUUCUUUAAGGAAUCUUCCUAAAGCCAAGGCUGCACUCACGGCAGCAAGAACAGCAGCCAAUGCUAUAUAUGUGCCCCCAGCACAGCAGGGAACUAUAGAUUUGCAGAGUGGGAUCCUUCAUGCUGAAGAAAAGGACUAUAAAACUGCUUAUAGUUAUUUCUUUGAAGCAUUUGAAGCCUUUAAUGCACUUGAAGAUCCUCGAGCAGUAUUUAGCCUCAAAUACAUGUUGCUGUGCAAGAUUAUGGUGAAUCAGGCUGACGAUGUUGCUGGAGUAAUAUCAUCCAAAGCAGGACUGCAAUAUGUGGGGCCUGACCUGGAUGCCAUGAAAGCUGUUGCAGAUGCACACUCCAAGCGCUCUUUGAAGCUUUUUGAGACUGCUCUUCGUGAUUUUAGAGCCCAGCUAGAGGAAGACCCCAUCGUCCACAGGCACCUCUCAUCUCUCUAUGACACGCUGUUGGAGCAGAACCUUUGCAGGUUGAUUGAGCCUUUCUCAAGAGUGGAGAUUGCUCAUAUUGCUGAAUUGAUCGAACUGCCCGUUGAUCAUGUGGAGAGGAAAUUAUCUCAGAUGAUUCUGGACAAGAAGUUUGCAGGGACUUUGGAUCAGGGUGCUGGAUGCCUUAUCAUUUUUGAUGAUCCUAAGACAGAUGCUAUAUACCCUGCAACACUGGAAACCAUAUCGAAUAUUGGCAAGGUUGUCGAUAGCCUUUAUGUGAGAUCUGCCAAGAUAAUGGCAUGAGGCUCUAGAAGCAGGAGGUAGGUUUACAGUUACCUCCUAAGUUACCUUGGAAUGCAGGACAGAAGUCAUCCAUGCGUUUUAAGUUUUUAGCCUAGAUUGUGUUGUGAUUCCAUCAUUUUAUUAAAGAGAUCUUUUGUAUGACAUUUUGUAAUACUUUUAUGACCAAUGAUUUAUAAUACUUUUAUGACCAAUGAUGGUAUACUAUUUAUGUA